AUGGUCUUUCAGCCGCCUUCCUGGGUCCCGGCCCUGCCAGACAUUCCCGACAGCGUGCCCCUCUGCGAGUUCAUGUACAAUGAGCGCUACGGCCGGUACAGCGCCUCCAAAGCCCGCAACCCCUACACCUGUGGCGUCACCGGCACCACGUACACCACCGAGCAGGUUCCCGAGCGCGUCGACCUGCUCGCCCGUGCCAUUGCCAAGCGCCUCGGCUUCAGUCCCAACGAGGGCACCGAGUGGGACAGAGUCGUCGCUGUCUACUCUGUCAAUACGAUCGACUACAUCCCCGUAUCCCAUGCCGUCCACCGCCUCUCCGGCAUCGUCACCCCCGCCAACGCCCAGUACUCGGCCGCGGAACUCGAACACCAGCUCGUCUCGUCCGGCGCAAAGGCCGUCUUCACCUGUCUGCCCCUGCUCGAGACCGCUCUCAAGGCUUCCGACGCGGCCGGCAUCCCCCGCUCCGCCGUCUUCCUGCUGCCCGUCCCCGGCGGCAAGCCGCAUCCCGAUUUUCCCUCUGUAGAUGACCUCGUCGCCCAGGGCCGGUCGCUGCCCGCGCCGCCCCCGCUUUCCUGGAUCAAGGGUCAGGGCGCCCGCCAGACAGCCUUUCUCUGCUACUCGUCUGGCACCUCUGGUCUCCCCAAAGCCGUCAUGAUUUCCCAUUUCAACAUAAUCUCCAACAUUGUCCAGAUGACGCUGCUGCAGAGUGUCGGUCGCAAGCACGAAAAUGUCGACACCGAAAACGUCCUCGGCAUCCUGCCCCUCAGCCACAUCUACGGUCUCACCGUCGUCGCGCACGUCUCCCAGUACCGCGGCGACCAGCUCGUCAUCCUGCCCAAGUUUGAGCUUCCCCUCUUCCUCCGCACCAUCCAGGACUACAAGCUCAGCUUUCUCCCCGUGGUGCCCCCCAUGCUCAUUCAGCUCAUCACCAACAAGCAAGUCGUCGAAAAGUACAACCUCGACAGCGUCCGCUGCGUCUUUUCCGGCGCUGCGCCUCUCGGCAUUGAGACGCAGGAGACUGCGAACAAAAUGUUUCCCAAGUGGAAGAUUGGUCAGGGUUACGGCAUGACUGAAACUUCCCCCGUCGCCACCGCCAGUAGCGAAAUUGACCUUGUCCCCGGCUCCUCCGGCGGUCUCCUCCCCGGCUACAAGGCCAAGCUCAUCGACGCCGAGGGUAACGUUGUCACCGGCUAUGACCAGCGCGGCGAGCUGCUCCUCCAGUCACCCUCGGUCGUCCUCGGCUACCUGCACAACGAAAAGGCAAACGCCGAGACGUUUGUCCACCACGCCGACGGCCGUUGGAUCCGCACCGGCGACGAGGCCGUCGUCCGCAAGUCUGCCAAGGGCAAUGAGCACAUUUUCAUUACAGAUCGCAUCAAGGAGCUCAUCAAGGUCAAGGGCUUCCAAGUCGCCCCCGCCGAGCUCGAGGCGCACCUCCUCACCCACGACUAUGUCCACGACUGCACCGUCAUCCCCGUCGACGACGACCGCGCCGGCGAGGUCCCCAAAGCCUUUGUCGUCAAGUCGCCCGCCGCCGUCUCCUCGGGCCAGCCCGACGCCGCCAUACGCCGCGCCGUCGAGGAGCACGUGGAGAAGCACAAGACAAAGUACAAGUGGCUCAAGGGCGGCGUCGAGUUCAUCGACGCCAUCCCCAAGAGCCCCAGCGGCAAGAUCCUCCGCCGCGUGCUCAAGGACAAGGAGAAGGCGGCCCGCAAGGCUCAGGGCGCUAAGCUGUAA